AUGUGUUCUUCAGUAUCAAGAAAAGAUCUAUCUAGUAUUUCAGAAACUAAAAACGAGAAACAAGAUGACAACGAGGAAGAAGAAAGUGAAAACCCUAGCAUCACCACUCAUUUGUACUUGAAACCGUGCCACACACAUGAUACACUUGACAAGAAUGUCGUUCUCCGUCGUAUUCGCCACCACCGCAAGCGUGUCAACAAGGUUAAGUCUGCCGUUCAAGGUCUUUUCAGCUCUCCUACUCCCUUUGCUUCAAACACCAAUAAGACUCCAAGCCCACAAAUCAAAUUGGCCGAUGAUCCUUUUGCUGCACUCUAG